UCCGCGCCUUCAGGUUUCCCCUCGCUACAUUCAAACGUCUACCCCCUUUUCUUUUCUAUCGUUACAGUGUUUUAUUAGGUUUACUCUCACUUCUUCUUUCUUUUCUCUUUAGUCACAUGUUUUCUCGGACGAAUUCACCGUAAUGGAUUUUCCGUUCAACGAUUUUCCCUUCGACGACGACAUUCCCGUUGAGUUCCGCAACUUCGACGAAAGCGCAAUUCCCACCCGAGAACAACUCAUGGACGCCGGAGCAGAUCCCAGAUUCAUUAAUUUAGUCCUAAACGGCCACUCCGGCGACGAAGAAGAAGACGACGAAGACGAUGAAGAUGAAGACGAUGAAGAAUAUGUUCCCGAUGUGCCGUCGUCUAGGGUUUCCCGAUCCGACGAAGUAAGUGUUAUUCCCGGCGACGAGAGAAACAAACGCCGCAGAAUUGAAGGAGGAGAGGCUUCUUCGUUGUCGAUUCCGAUUGAAAGUGUUGAUUGUAGCCAAGAGAAUGAAUGCAACCGUACCGAUAUUGAUGGACUCAUUUGUCCUAUUUGUAUGGAUGCUUGGACCAAUGAGGGCGAUCAUCACAUUUGUUGUCUUCCUUGUGGACACAUUUAUGGCAUGUCAUGCGUCAGAAAAUGGCUUCAACAGAAAAAAAAUUCUGGGAAGUGUCCGCAAUGUAAUAGAAGAUGUUCGAUGAAGGAUGUGAGGAAACUCUAUGCUUCUAGAGUAGUUACUGUUGAUGAAGAAUCUCAGAAGAUGAUUCGGUCACUUGAGAACAAAUGUGCUUCUCUUGAGAGUAAGGAUGGUAGUUGGCGCAAGAAAGAAGAGGGAUGGAUGAAGAGAGAAGCUGCAUUGCUUUUUGAUGUCCAGAACCUUAAGAAGAAAAACACUUAUUUGGAGCAGCUGGUACUAGAUAUGAAGAGUAGACAAUCUGGAUUUUUUGAAUUUCAGAAUGCAUUUCACCUGCAUGGUGCUCGUGUAUUUGAUAUGGACACUUCUAAUCAAAUUGUAAUAAUCGCACAAAAGCCAAAAGGAAUGGGUGAUGUGCACAGUAUAACUAAAAUGAGCUUGAUAUCUCCAUUUGAGAUGCAACAUAUUGAACUGCCUUCAUCUACAAAUGGUGUUAGAGACCUGCACAUUUCUCCUUUUGGUAGUAAACAGGCCCUCUAUGCGUCAUUUGGGAAGCAAUUAUCAGUGCUCAGCUUGGACAGCGGCACCCCUGUUCUCAAUUAUGAUCUAGAGGUUCCUGCUUGGUCCUGUUCAUGGGAUCGCAACAGUACGCAUUGCAUAUAUGCUGGACUACAGAAUGGUAAAGUCCUGGUGUUUGACAUGAGACAAACUGCAGGACCCUUAAAAUCUCUAGCUGGGUUGACUAGCAACCCUGUUCAUAGUUUGCAGUCUCUUGCACAAACAACGGGUCUUUCUUCUGGUGUCAGAACCAUUCUAUCUGCAUCUGCCAUCGGUGCUUGUCAGUGGGACAUUGAUUCUGAUGAUCGGCCAUUUAUGGUUCAUGGGACUGAUAAUCAAGAAGUUUGUAUAUCCCUUGCCUAUUCCCCGAGCAGUGAUGACACUGUUGUUUCAUACCGUCCAAAGCUCAACACGUUGACGGGUGAGCUUAUUGGACAAGGAGUACAGGGCUCUCAUGUAUUAUUAAAAAGAACAGGUGGUAAUAAUUUCCAAAAGAUGGGUUCUUCGUAUGGCAAUGUAAGUAAAAUUCGACUACCAAGAUGUAUAAUUAUAAACAUUGCGAAUCAGAAUAGAAUGUUUGCAUCUGGAGAUGAAGUUACAUGUGACUUGGUCUUGCAAGAGUUGCCAUCUUUUAGAGUUAUUCAGCGAUUCAAAAUGCCAGCUCAAGCCCGUGAUAUCAGGUACUCACCUAGUCAUGGAAUGCUUGGUUGUUUAAGUGAGAAUUCAUUGCAAAUUUUCCGUACCAAUCUCUCGUGAGGAAGGUAAUUAUAUACUAGUUCAUAGCCUUUGAUUGUUUUUGUUCAAUUUUGUUUUUUAGAAGCUGUCCAUAAAGUAGUUGAGAUAUUUAUUACUUUGCCACGAGCCUGUGAAUGAUCUGUUGAUUUCUCUAAUUAUUUUGAAAUGGUAUUUGCUUUUUGUAAUUAUUCUUGUAUUUUAUAUUUUAGAGCCGUGAUAUUGAUCAGGAUAAAUCAAUUGAUUGAGUCCUUCAGGUCAUUUUUAAAUAUGGACAA